AUGGCAUCCUUGCUUCGCACCAGCGUUCUCAACCUCCGCCCAGCCUCUGCGGUCGUCCCAAUAGCAAUUCGCCCGCUGUCGACGACCGUCGCACGGAGGCACGGUGAAUCCGAGAGCAAUGACCCCGAGUUCGAAGUCGAGAAGCUCAAAAAGGCAUCCCUGGAGCGUCAGAAAAAGGGCGAGGGCGAGUGGAUGUCCUCACUGGCCUCGGACAGUGAAGAGAACGUCAAGGCAGAUCGGUCCAACUUCAACGUAAAAGACGCCGUCGAGCAGGCCAAGGCCGCACACAAUGCCAAGCAGCCGUCCAGCAGCAAGAACAAGGCAUAG